AUGGAAUCACAAGAGAAUGUUAAUAAUGAGUCCUCGACUGCUCGUACAGAUACUGACAUGAGGAUUCAUGAAAGGUUCCAUCUAUAUCCAAAAGAUAGAUUACAAGCGGUAGCCAUCGUAGGUGGUAUCAUCGGGGCAUUUUCUGGAUUUUAUGACGGAGUGUCAAUGGCAUCUUUAAGAUAUUUAACUGAAAAUGGGCAUAGAUUACCAAGAAAAGUAGGUGGAUGGUAUUUUUAUCAUAAAAAGAAGAAUUAUGUAAUGAUCAUGAAUGGGUGUAAAGAAGGUCUCAAACAAGGUACCAAGCUUUCACUUACAGUAACGGGGUUCUUUGGGUUGGAAGCUUUUUUUGAUACGUAUGUUAGGCACAAUACUAUUGAUUUGUUAAAUACAACAGCAGCAGCUAUGAUAACAUGCGGAGUAUAUGGUGUCUACCAUAGAUUAAGUAAGGUUCAAACAAUUAAAUACGUCAAAAGAGGUGCCUUAUUGGGAUUAAGUUUAGGAUUUUCUCAAGAUAUGUUAAUAUGGAUUAGAGGUGGUAGGAUCUGGUAUUUGGAGUCGCUUGGAAUAGUGAAUCCUCGCAUACAAGCCAAAGAGGAUACCUUAUUCGAGGCUUGA